AUGUCGACGAAGGCUCUCAUCUUGGUUGGAGGUUCCCAACGAGGAACCAGAUUCAGACCUCUUUCGCUCGAUCAGCCGAAACCCCUCUUUGAUGUCGCUGGCCAUCCUAUUAUCUGGCAUUGUUUGACUGCUCUCACCAAAAUCGAUGUCAAGGAGGUUUUCUUAAUCGGCUAUUAUGAUGAAUCCAUCUUCCGAGACUUCAUCAGGGACUCUUCCAAAGAGUUUCCCCAAUUCACUAUCAAAUACCUUCGCGAAUAUGAACCUCUAGGAACCGCCGGCGGUCUCUACCACUUCCGUGAUGUCAUUCUUAAGGGCUCUCCUAAGCGCUUCUUCGUUCUCAAUGCCGAUGUCUGCUGCUCGUUCCCGUUGAAGGAAAUGCUUCAAAUCGCCGACGAUCGUGAAGCUGAAGCCGUUAUCUUGGGUACCAGGGUCUCGAAUGAGGCAGCCUCCAACUUUGGUUGUAUUGUCUCUGACCAAACCACGAAGCGAGUCAUCCAUUACGUAGAAAAACCAGAAUCCCACAUCAGCAACCUGAUAAAUUGUGGUGUCUACCUCUUUGGCAGCUCAAUCAUCUUUAAGAUUAGGAAGGCAAUGGAGAUUAAGGCAGACCGAAGGUCUUCCGACCCAUUGUACGACCCUAGCGAGGAAGAUGGCUCAGAUAAUGUCCUUCGUCUCGAGCAGGAUAUCCUUGGGCCUCUUGCUGAGGAGAAGAGCUUCUAUGUCUACGAAACUCGCGACUUUUGGCGACAGAUUAAAACUGCUGGGUCUGCUGUUCCAGCAAACGCCUUGUACCUUCAGAAGGCUCAUCAAUCCGGCGCCGAAGAUCUCGCUGCGGCAAGCACAACCAUAAUUCCACCAGUCUACAUCCAUCCAACUGCCAUUGUUGAUCCAACCGCCAAGCUUGGGCCAAACGUCUCAAUUGGCCCCCGUGCCCAUAUUGGCGCUGGUGCUCGUGUCAAGGAUUCAAUUGUCCUUGAAGAUGCUGAGAUUAAGCACGAUGCAUGCGUUUUAUAUAGCAUUGUUGGAUGGAAUGCGAGAAUCGGCGCAUGGGCAAGAGUCGAAGGCACACCAAUAUCGGUUAAUCAGCACUCAACGACAGUUCUUAAGAAUGGUGUUAAGGUUCAGUCUGUUACGAUUCUGGCGAAGGACUGUGUCGUUCAUGAUGAAAUCAGGGUACAAAACUGCGUUUGCUUGCCGUACAAAGAGUUGAAGAAGGAUGUUGUCAACGAGGUUAUCAUGUAA